GUAGCAAGAUGUAGACAGGGACAGCACCAUGGCAACAGCUAACACCCAGAGCGCAGACCUCCUGGAACCCGCACCCCCUGCUGUGAGACUCAAGUGAGCAGGGCCAGGUACUGAGUCCCUCAGUCCUCCAGGAAGAUAUCACGCUCGCGAUCCACCAUGCACAGGAACUACCAGCCUCUGAAACCUUCCACCAACAAAUACCUCCAGAAGAGGUGGGACCAGACCAGAUAUGAGAACCACCUGAGCAAGGUCAAAAGUGCCAAGCCCAUCGUGGACACCAAGGGUAUCAGCACGCCAGCACACGUCCAGCUGAAACUGAAGAAGCUCCAGUUAGAAGAGGAGAGGCUGGCCAUCAUCGAGAGAGACAAUCAUCUCCUUUCCUCCAAGCUGGCAGAGAUCAUGAGGUCCAAGGGCCUGGUGGAUCACAGGAACGACUACCCUGAGCGAAGUCUCCACGGCGAGAAGAGGAGGGAGGAGUUACUCCUGGUGACCCGCCAGAACCAGGCCAUCCUUCAGCGAAUCACAGCUCGCCAGUCAGAGUACCGGCGCCAGGUGUGGGAGGAGGACUGGGACAAGGUGGAGCGCAUGCGGGACGACAUCGCGCGAUACCCGCGAGGUGUCACUCACCAGCAGAGAACCAAGAGGAAGGUAAAGUUUAGGGGCAGUGAGACAGAAAGCUCAAGCGAGGAGUCUGGACAGGUGUCAGAGACCAACAGCAAUCGUGAGACAGAAGACAGCGCACGGUCCUCUGAGACCAGCAGUGAACGCAUCGGAUAUUCUUAA